CAGUGAUGGCGGAGGCGGACGACGUCGACGUAAUGAUGAAUUACCACGGGGGUUUCGAGAAAAUCGACCGCAUAAAUAGCCGCUAUCCUUAUUGCGUGGUCUGGACACCUAUUCCUAUUUUAUCGUGGCUGCUCCCCUUUAUCGGUCACAUGGGUAUCUGUACCUCUUCCGGCGUCAUACGAGACUUUGCAGGAUCAUACUUUGUCUCGGAGGAUAACAUGGGCUUCGGUAGACCAACAAAGUAUUGGAAGCUCGAUGUGGACAAGGUCUGUGGCAGUGGUCCUGCAACAUGGGAUAAAGCCAUCCAUGAUGCUUCUGAGGAAUACAAAUGCCGGCCGCACAAUCUGUGCUGUGAUAAUUGCCACUCCCAUGUAGCCAUGGCUCUCAACCUAAUGCGCUACGACAACAGUACAUCCUGGAACAUGGUUAACCUCUGUCUGCUUUCUCUCAUUCAUGGAAAACAUGUCAGUUGUGCGGCGUUCCUCAAGACCUGGCUACCUUUCUUCAUGCUCUCUGGUGUCAUUGCCACCUUCAUACUCACAUUCAACCUACAGUAAUCCUUAAGGAGACAUGGGGCCGGAGAGAGAAGUAAUGACACAGACUUUUUUUUUCAUACACAAGAUAUGUCAUUGAAUUUCGAACUGACUGAAACGUUUUGAUGGGAUGCGUCGUCAUACAGAAAUAUACCAGAUGUAGGACUUCAUUUUCAUCUCCAGUUGCCUGAAGUGGGCGAGGUCCAGCUGCUUGUGGCUCAUUUGGAAACUCGUAAUAACAAUGAUUUUACGUUUGAAGUUUUUAGUGGGUUAUUUUUUUUUCACUGGGCAUUCCACAUGUAGGGAUUAUUAUGCACACGUACACAUACCCUUCAUUUCCUAUAAUAGCUAAAAUAACUUGGCAUUUUGAAUUCCAGGUAAUGAACACAACUAGCUGCUAAAAUGCUGACAAGCAGUUUGAGAGAAAUGAAUGAAUAUAGGAACCCCUUCCUGCUUGUGUGUGAAGUGCCUGAAGGAAAAUGACAGACUAAAAUAAAAAUAUAAAAUCAUCGUACUUUCAUAGUUCAGAAAGCAGGUGAAUGUGAUUCUUUAGCUGACUGAUUUUCUUAGAAUACUGCAGAACUGCUCAAAUUACUUUAUAUUUAACCUGUUGCAUGAACCUACUUUCAGAAGUCUCCUUUGUUCAAGUGCAAUAUUGUUUUUUUGCAUAAUGUAUUCUAUAUUUAAACAGUGAUAAGUUAAAAUGUCAAUAUUGCUGUUAUGUUUUUUUAUUUAUUUCCUUUGUGUUGAUGUCACUACCACUUGAUUUCAUUGUACCUGAAAAUUUACCUUAAACCCUUUAAAAUCCAUACCGAUGUCUGUAGACAAUUUCAAUGUGAUUUUAAAUGUGACGCUAACAGUUAUGAAGUUGUGCUAUAAGAUAGAUAGAUAGAUGUAUGUAAUCGGAAUCAAAAAUACUUUUAAUCCCCGAGGGGAAAUUUGGGUUAUUGAUCCCAAAUUGGGAAAUUCUUGUUACAGCAGCAGGUUAUCCAGCCAUUGCAUGGGAACAGUAAAUACACAAUAAAUAAUCAUAUCAACACUAGAAGAAAGAAGUAUAUAUCAAUGGGAAAAGUAAACAACAUAAACUAAAAUUAAAUGGCUCAAUACAGGAUAUGUCUUUUGAAUACGCAAUAUAAAUAUAUUAGAAUACACUGUAAAAUAUAAACAUAGGAUAACAUACUGUAAACAUCAGACAAGUGUGCAAAGUAGUUAACGUUUUUAAAAUGCAAUGAGGUAAAGUAGGAGUAUAAAGAUGUGCAGAUUCACCAUGAGCAAAGUUACUGAAGGAGCAAAAUAGGGUGGAGUUUGGUUGAGACAGAAGCCAUAAAACUUGAGUUCUGAGCGUUCUCUGUUAGACAGAGGUGAGGUGUUGUAGAGAGUUAUUGCUUUGGGCAGGGAAGAUUUCCUGUAUCGAUCCUUGUGACAGUGAACCUGAACCAGUCUGUUAGAGCACCGCUGUCUGUCCAGUAGGUGGUAGAGAGGGUGGUAAGGAUUGUCCAUAAUGAUCAGUUGUUUUUUUUUUCAGUGUCCUCCUCUCCACCACAACUUCAAAGGUGUCAGAUUUGCAGCCAAUUACGGAGCCAGCCUCCUUAAUCGGCUUAUUAAAUCUGUUGGUGUCACCAGUUCCAAUGCUGCUUCUCUAGCAGACUACAGCAAAGUACAGUGCACUGGCCACAACAGACUGGUAGAAGAUUUCCAACAUCUUGCUGCACACAUUGAAGGAUCUUGGCGUCCUCAGGAAAAAAUCUGCUCAUUCCUUUCUUAUAUACAGCCUCAGUGUUGGUCUUCCAGUUCAGUCUGUUGUCGAUGUAGUCGCCCAUGUAACUUCUAGUCCUCCACCACGUCAACAUUCUUUCCCAGUGGUUGUGUAGCAAGCUUCUUCCUUCUGAAGUCGAACACCAUCUCCCUGGUCUUGGCCACUUUUAGAAACGGAUGGUUUCUUCCAGCCCACUCCACAAAAUCAUCCGCCACUGCUCUGUACUUUUCCUCCUCCCACCCAACCACUGCAGAGUUAUCAGAGAACUUCUGCAAGUGCCAUGAGCCCAUAGUGGUACUGAAAAUCUGUGGUGUAUAAAAGGA